UAAUAUUUUGUUGACAGUUUUGGGAGGCCAAGCGCAAAAAAAGCUGACCAAAUCACAUGACUAUGAAACAUAUCACCGAGAAAGUACAAGCAGUAUCUUCAUGUGUUAGUUAUGCACAUCGAGAGGUGGUGUUAAACUGACAGUUACCAUGGAAACCAUACCAGAAGAACCUUCGACCUCGAUGACAUCUUCAGAGGAGGAGGAGCAGCCCAGAUCCAGGUCUAGAGUCGUCUCUGUGGAACCAGUUAUUUUCCUGAUCCUAGCGGUCCAGGGGGUGUUGGUGAACCUACGCACCCAGUAUGUUGAGGAGCGUCUGGCAGCCGAUAAUAAUUACACUCUUCCAGAGGCGGGGAACUGCUCUGCUGCUAACAAGUCGGCUGAUGCUACGGGAAGACAGAUAGAAUCAGAGACAUCGUUAUGGGUCAUGUACAUGAAAUCAACAUCUGUUUUCAUCCCCAUCUUCACCGGAACAAUCCUCAUCGCCGCCUCUGACAUCGUUGGAAGAAAACCCAUCCUGAUCAUCAAUGCACUCGGCCAUCUUCUUGCCUCAACUGUCUUCCUUCUCCUUGCCUGGCUCCACCUUCCGCUCAUCGUCGCCGUGGCAGCAGAAUGCAUCCUGGGACUCAGCGGCGAUUCCAUCGUCUCCAUCAGCGUUUCCUUCGCGUACAUCGCCGAUACGAGCACGGGCAAGUCGCGGGUCACGAAGUACACGAUCAUCUCAUUCAUGAUCUACAUUGGAUUCGGUGGAAGUCAAAUCUUUGUGGACCUCAUCUUGCAGAAGACAGACAGCUACACUCUCGCAUUUGGUUGUGCAUGGAUAUUCGCCUUUCUCAACUUCCUGUACGUCCUAAUCCCGGGGCUUUUGAUAGAGACCGUCGUAAAACGCACCUCCUUCAAGCUGGUCAGGACGGUCAAGAAACUCCUGAGGAGCUUCGUCCAGCUUUUAUCGGUGUCAAAGGACAGGAGACGGUCAAGGUUGGCCCUUCUACUGACCAUGUUCAUGAUCUAUAAUGUAAUCACCGAGGCCGUCUAUGCCGUCAUUACCAUUUAUGGACUUGGUCAGCCGUUUUGUUGGUCGCCUACCAUGGUUGGGAUCUACAAUGUCAUAGUGAAUGCAUUUCCAGCUUUUGUUGCCAUGGUGAUGAUCAAGCCCCUACUCUUCUGUUUGUCCGGCUACCUCAUCAUGCAGGUCGGGUUCCUCUCGGGCGUGGCCAUACUCAUUGUUUCUGCCAUUGCCAAGACAACUAAUGUUCUGGUCUACGUAGCUGUAGCGGCUGGCUCUCUGCGGACUCUUCCUGAUUCUAUCAUCGAGUUCUUCCUUUCUAACAUGGUAUCUAGUCAUGAGCGAGGAACUGCUUUUGCCCUGCUGUCCAUCGCAGCAUCUGUUGGUAAAGUGCUCUCGCCUAUCCUGUUAAACGCAGUCUACGCCAAAGCAGUUCUUCUCAACUUCCCUGAGCUCACCUUCUACCUCGCAGCAGCUAUCUAUGCGUUACCCAUCCUCUUAACAGCGAUCCUACAUGUGUGUAGCCGGCCGUAUGAUGGACUGAAGAUGCAGAUACAAGGAGAGACAGAAGAACAGAAACCACUGGUGGAAGAUUAACAGGUAGAGAAA